AUGUUCCUGGUCGACUGGUUCUAUGGCGUCCUUGCCUCUCUGGGCCUGUGGCAGAAGGAGGCCAAGAUUCUGUUUUUGGGCCUCGACAACGCCGGCAAGACCACCCUCCUCCACAUGUUGAAGGAUGAGAGAUUAGUGCAGCAUCAGCCGACCCAGCACCCAACUUCGGAGGAAUUGAGCAUUGGGAAGAUUAAAUUCAAGGCUUUUGAUUUGGGUGGCCACCAGAUCGCUCGCAGAGUCUGGAAGGAUUACUAUGCUAAGGUGGAUGCAGUGGUUUACCUGGUUGAUGCAUACGACAAGGAUCGUUUUGCAGAAUCAAAGAAGGAGCUGGAUGCACUCCUUUCAGAUGAGAGCCUGGCAACUGUUCCAUUUCUUGUGCUGGGCAACAAGAUUGACAUCCCCUAUGCUGCUUCAGAAGAUGAGCUGCGAUAUCAUCUAGGACUGACUAACUUCACUACUGGGAAGGGAAAAGUGAAUCUUACGGACACCACUGUCCGCCCCCUAGAGGUUUUCAUGUGCAGUAUCGUCCGCAAGAUGGGGUACGGGGAUGGCUUCAAGUGGGUCUCCCAAUAUAUCAAAUAG